AUGACGUUACUCGAACAAGUCACGAAGGUUGCGGCCGAUCCCUCAGGCCACAUCGUUCAAUCGCAAUAUCCCAUAAUAUUAAAUGCGGAUGAUAUAUUAUGCAAUUUGAAACCCAAAAAUGAAGAUUCCAAUGAUUUUUCUUUGUUCAAACGCGUUGGCGGAUGGCAGAUUUCAGCAACUGAUUCAGAAAUCAUUGCAUUAGGGAGCCGAUUUUGCAAAAAAUUGAAAAAGAAUCUCAGUAAACAUAAAUCUUUUGAUAAAGAAGAGUAUCUAGGGCUUCUGAAUUCAUUUAUGGAGAAAAUGAUGAAGAAGGUUGGUAUCUCUUGUGGUGUUGGUCCUUCUGAUUCGAAUUACACCCGUGUAAUGAUUGAAAAGUUAGGAUUUUUCAUUUCUCGAGAUGUUGCACGUUCGGUUUUAGAGGCUUGUUGA